AUGAACAUCAUCACUUUCAUGCAAAACCGGCCUCGACUUACGGGUGUGGUCUCAUUAGCUGCUGCCGGCACGAUAGUCGCCGCAUACCUUGGCAAGCGACGCCUUGACCGGUCAUGCCCGAGAAUCUCCAUCACCCAGCUCCCAAAGUCAAGUGCUUGUCGCAACCUCGUGGAGAGCGGCGAAGCAGUCCCGAAGGCUGUAUGGGGCAUGGAAAAGUCAGCUCUGCUGGCCUCGUGGUCUGGUGGCGACCAAACCCGCUGGGUCCCCUCUUUCGCAGCACUUCAAGCGGAUGUCCCCGUAUCCGACCUCGCUGGAUACGGAGCAUUUCACAGCGAACAGAGUAAGGCCGAGAAGGAUGACGCGCAUCACCUGAUGCGGAAUUUAGUUGCCGCCUUUCUUGAUGCGCGGGCCGCGGGGCCAGAGGCGUGGUUUCUGGACAAAGAGGUGCCGCCAUUGUCCUUCGCGCCCGGUAGCCUAUUAUUCGGCGAUCAAGGCAGCAUGGGAGCCUUUAUGCUUGGGACCUGGUCUACAAACCGGAACACCUCUAUCCAGCCUCAGGCCCUGGGCCCAGGAGUACCCGAGCCUUGCUCCGAGUUCCCGUCAAACAGGGACGCGAUCCAGGAUAGUCCUAACGACACAGCUGGAGCUGUAAUGUACUGGAAAUUCCCCGACGGGCUGGUCCGAACAGUUGACAAGGCAGCAUCGUACGGUCUCCCGUGGCGGUUCAUGGACGGCGGUUUCCAAGAAUUCAUUGUGGAAAAGGUGUCAGAUGAAACGGCGAGGGUGACAUACAUAAGUGUUGAAUGCUCUAAUCUCCACCCCCGCGGCCAAUCUACAAAGGAUUUCAAGAUGUUGCCAUGGCUGGCUUAUGAGGUUCACGUACUAUAUGCACAACUCCUUUGGCAUAAUACGGUGAUGCAGCUUCGUAACCGCACGAAAACAUGA